CUAAUUUUAUUAUAGUAAGCGUCAAAUCAAAACCUAUAAGAAAUAUAAGUAUAGCAUCAAUACAGUGCUUUAAAUACGUUUAUUGUAAUAACAUUUAAUUACUAAGAUUUCGCAAAAUGUACGAACAAGAUUAUGAUCAGUUCGACGACGAAGAAACUGAAGAAAUUAGUUCAGAGUUAUGGCAGGAGGCCUGCUGGAUCGUCAUCAACGCUUAUUUCGAUGAAAAAGGGCUCGUAAGACAGCAGUUAGAUAGCUUCGAUGAGUUUAUACAGAUGUCCGUUCAACGAAUAGUGGAGGAUUCGCCCGCAAUUGAAUUGCAAGCUGAAGCUCAACACACGACAGGCGAAAUUGAAAUCCCUCCCAGGUAUUUGCUGAAAUUUGAACAAAUUUACCUAUCCAAACCAACCCAUUGGGAAAAAGAUGGUGCUCCAUCGCCAAUGAUGCCCAAUGAAGCCAGAUUAAGAAAUUUGACUUACUCCGCACCUCUUUACGUUGACAUAACUAAAACAAUUGUAAAAGAAGGUGAAGACCCUAUUGAAACCCAACAUCAAAAAACUUUUAUAGGUAAAAUUCCCAUUAUGUUGCGUUCAACAUAUUGUCUCUUAAGUGGUCUAACAGAUCGUGACUUAACAGAAUUAAAUGAGUGCCCUUUGGAUCCUGGAGGGUAUUUUAUUAUUAACGGUUCAGAGAAGGUGCUUAUUGCCCAAGAAAAAAUGGCUACAAAUACUGUUUAUGUGUUUUCAAUGAAAGAUGGAAAGUAUGCUUAUAAAUCAGAAAUUCGUUCUUGCCUAGAACAUAGUUCCCGACCUACAUCAACAUUAUGGGUCAAUAUGAUGGCCAGAGGGGGUCAGGCUAUUAAAAAGGCUGCAAUAGGUCAAAGAAUUAUAGCCAUUCUGCCAUAUAUCAAGCAAGAAAUUCCUAUUAUGAUAGUCUUCAGAGCUUUGGGUUUUGUGGCUGACAGAGACAUCCUUGAGCAUAUUAUCUAUGAUUUUGAAGACCCUGAAAUGAUGGAGAUGGUAAAACCUUCUUUGGACGAGGCUUUUGUAAUUCAAGAACAAAAUGUAGCUUUAAAUUUCAUUGGUGCAAGAGGUGCUAGACCAGGUGUAACAAAAGAGAGACGUAUAAAAUAUGCUAGAGAAAUUUUACAAAAAGAAAUGUUACCUCAUGUUGGUGUGUCUGAUUUUUGUGAGACUAAGAAAGCCUACUUUUUGGGUUAUAUGGUACAUAGAUUGUUAUUAGCCGCCUUAGGACGCAGGGAAUUAGAUGAUCGAGAUCAUUAUGGAAACAAGAGGUUAGAUUUGGCUGGUCCUUUACUAGCUUUCUUGUUUAGAGGAUUAUUUAAAAAUCUGAUGAAGGAGGUAAGAAUGUAUGCACAGAAAUUUAUUGAUAGAGGAAAAGAUUUUAAUCUGGACUUGGCUAUUAAAACAAAACUUAUCACUGAUGGCUUGAGAUAUUCCCUCGCCACCGGGAAUUGGGGUGACCAAAAAAAGGCUCAUCAGGCAAGAGCUGGGGUAUCGCAAGUAUUAAAUCGCCUCACAUUUGCAUCGACCUUAUCUCACUUGCGCCGUGUCAAUUCUCCAAUUGGCCGAGAUGGUAAAUUAGCCAAGCCGCGUCAGUUACAUAACACCCUGUGGGGUAUGAUUUGCCCGGCCGAGACGCCAGAAGGCGCAGCGGUAGGCUUGGUGAAAAACUUGGCUUUAAUGGCAUAUAUUUCGGUCGGUUCUCAACCAUCUCCAAUCCUGGAGUUCUUGGAGGAAUGGUCAAUGGAAAAUUUGGAAGAAAUUGCCCCGUCAGCCAUCGCAAAUGCGACAAAGAUAUUUGUAAAUGGAUGUUGGGUGGGCAUACAUCGAGAUCCGGAACAACUCAUGGCCACUCUAAGGAAAUUGAGACGACAAAUGGACAUCAUAGUAUCGGAGGUAUCAAUGAUACGAGAUAUCAGAGACAGGGAAAUUCGAAUAUACACGGACGCAGGUCGUAUAUGUAGGCCUCUGUUGAUUGUAGAAAACGAGCAGCUUCUAUUAAAAAAGAAGCACAUAGACAAUUUAAAAGAGAGGGAAUAUAACAAUUACGGAUGGCAAAUGUUGGUGGCUUCCGGCGUGAUCGAGUACAUCGACACUUUGGAGGAAGAAACCGUGAUGAUAGCAAUGUCGCCAGAUGAUCUCAGGCAGGAAAAAGAAUACGCUUAUUGUACAACUUACACUCACUGCGAAAUUCAUCCAGCUAUGAUACUAGGAGUUUGCGCCUCUAUUAUCCCUUUUCCCGAUCACAACCAGAGUCCCAGAAACACUUAUCAAAGUGCUAUGGGCAAACAAGCUAUGGGAGUCUAUAUCACCAACUUUCAUGUUCGAAUGGACACUCUGGCUCAUGUCUUGUAUUAUCCUCACAAACCUUUGGUCACAACUAGGUCUAUGGAAUACCUCCGGUUUAGAGAACUACCCGCUGGGAUUAACAGUAUAGUCGCGAUUGCGUGCUAUACGGGUUACAAUCAAGAGGAUUCUGUCAUCCUGAAUGCGUCAGCGGUGGAGCGGGGCUUCUUCAGGUCGGUAUUCUAUCGUUCCUAUAAGGACGCCGAAUCCAAACGCAUCGGAGAUCAGGAGGAACAAUUCGAAAAGCCGAACCGGCAAACCUGUCAAGGAAUGAGGAACGCGCUGUACGACAAGCUGGACGACGAUGGUAUCAUUUCGCCGGGAAUAAGAGUGUCGGGCGACGACGUCGUCAUAGGCAAAACAAUGACCCUUCCGGAAAAUGAUGACGAAUUAGAAGGAACGACGAAACGUUUCACCAAACGGGACGCCUCCACUUUUCUGCGGAACAGCGAAACCGGGGUCGUGGACCAAGUGAUGUUAACCUUGAACUCUGAAGGCUACAAAUUUUGCAAAAUCAGGGUGAGGUCGGUAAGGAUACCCCAGAUCGGAGACAAGUUCGCGUCGAGACACGGUCAGAAGGGUACUUGCGGCAUCCAGUACAGGCAAGAGGACAUGCCGUUCACCUGCGAAGGUAUCACUCCCGAUAUUAUAAUCAAUCCUCACGCUAUCCCCUCCCGUAUGACAAUCGGUCACUUGAUCGAGUGCAUCCAAGGCAAAGUAUCGUCCAAUAAGGGUGAAAUCGGCGACGCGACGCCGUUUAACGAUGCCGUAAAUGUACAGAAAAUUUCGACUCUGCUUCAAGAGUACGGUUACCAGCUGCGAGGUAAUGAAGUUAUGUACAACGGUCACACGGGGCGGAAAAUCAACGCCCAAAUCUUCUUGGGUCCCACUUAUUAUCAAAGAUUGAAGCACAUGGUGGACGACAAGAUCCAUUCGCGAGCCAGAGGCCCGGUCCAAAUCCUAGUGAGACAGCCGAUGGAAGGCAGAGCCAGGGACGGAGGUCUACGUUUCGGAGAGAUGGAGCGCGAUUGCCAAAUCUCGCACGGCGCCGCCCAAUUCUUGAGGGAGAGGCUGUUCGAGGUGUCUGACCCCUACAGGAUCCACGUUUGCAACUUUUGUGGCCUAAUCGCCAUCGCAAAUAUGAGGAAUAACACGUUCGAGUGCAAGGGAUGCAAGAAUAAAACUCAGAUUUCGCAGGUCCGUUUGCCCUACGCGGCGAAAUUGUUGUUCCAAGAAUUAAUGUCGAUGAAUAUUGCGCCCAGGUUAAUGGUUUUGUAAUUUUUAUUAUCGAUUGUAAUGUCCGACUCCAAGUUAUGUGUGUGUUAUAUGAUUUGACAUCAGUUUUACAUUUAUAAUUAAGUAUUAGCCAAUAAAAUUGUCUUAAAGUUACAA